UUAUAAAUUUUUUUUUUUUGUUUAAAAGUAUACAUAUUCAAACAUUGGAAUAUAUAGAUAUCCAAAUUAAUAUAUUUUAUCUUGCGUGUUGUCAGACGUUUCGUGUUAUCAACGAAUUCAUCGUACUUGACGAGAUUAGCUUCAAUCGGAAUACUUGACCUUGAACUUACAGCUGCUAAAUUAGUAUCAAUGUCAACUCCUUUUAAUAUUUCAUUGCACUUAUUUUUUAUUAUUCUUUAUUAUUCAUCUUCUAUAUCUGGAAUCGGUCGUUGUGUUGUCUAAUCCAAACGCGGAUAACUUAUCACUAACAAAAUAAUUUAAGUAAAUAAUUACCGAGUACCAAAGAUUCGUGUUAAGUGAUUGAGUGAACGAAACCAAAAUUCCAACCAAAAAGUCAACAUAAAUUUAAAUUUAAAUAAAAUAUAUAAAAGAGUAUUAUAAAGAAUAGUAAGAGAAUAUAAAAUGAGUGAUAUUUUAAAUUAAACACACAUAAGUAUAUGUGAUUUCUGUUAAACUCAUGAUUUAAUACGCACGGAAGUUGUGGGAUGUUUUGUGCAUUGUAAAAGAGAGUGAAUCGUUUAAAAUAUCAACAUCAACAAUAAAAAUAUAAAUAUAUAUUCACAAGAGAACAAACCGGUUAGCGUACAGGCGUCAAGAUGAUGAAGAAAGAGAAACCUAUGAUGUCGGUGACGGCUAUAAUCCAGGGUACUCAGGCUCAACAUUGGGCUCGUGGUAACACCUGGCUCAGUCUCGACAAUAGCAAUAUGUCAAUGUCUUCAGUUGGUCCUCAGAGUCCUCUUGACAUGAAACCUGAUACUGCGAGCCUCAUGAAUUCUGGAAAUUUUAGUCCUUCUGGUCCUAACAGCCCUGGAUUGUUUGUUGGCUGUCACAGCAGUUUAUUGAGUACUUCACCGGGUGGGCAAUCUAAAGGAGCUGGAUCACCUUAUCCACCGAAUCAUCCCUUAUCCGGCAGUAAACAUUUGUGUUCAAUUUGCGGCGAUCGUGCUAGUGGUAAACACUAUGGAGUUUACAGUUGUGAAGGCUGCAAAGGAUUUUUCAAACGUACUGUUCGGAAAGAUUUAUCGUACGCUUGUAGAGAAGAAAAAUCAUGUAUUAUUGAUAAACGACAACGUAAUCGCUGUCAAUAUUGCCGUUAUCAAAAAUGCCUGGCCAUGGGAAUGAAACGUGAGGCUGUUCAAGAAGAGCGUCAACGUACCAAGGAACGUGAUCAGAGUGAAGUUGAGAGUACCAGCAGUUUACACACAGAUAUGCCCGUUGAACGAAUUCUUGAAGCUGAAAAACGAGUUGAAUGCAAAUUAGAACAUCAAGGAAAUUAUGAAAAUCCCAUGUCAGGAUUUACUAAUGCAGCAAACAAACAACUGUUCCAACUAGUUGAAUGGGCAAAACACAUACCACAUUUUACAUCAUUACCUAUCGAAGAUCAAGUAUUAUUAUUACGUGCUGGUUGGAAUGAGUUAUUAAUAGCUUCAUUUUCACACCGUUCAAUGGAUGUUCAUGAAGGUAUUGUACUGGGUAAAGAUACAAUAAUUAACAGAAAUUCAGCUCAACAAGUUGGACUGAGUGCGAUAUUUGAUCGCGUAUUGUCAGAGCUUGUUUCUAAAAUGCGUGAAAUGAAAAUAGAUAAAACAGAGUUAGGAUGUUUACGUGCAAUAAUACUAUUUAAUUCUGAAAUACGUGGAUUAAAAUCAGCUUCUGAAAUCGAAAUCCUACGAGAAAAAGUGUACGCAGCUCUUGAAGAGUAUGUACGCAUUAACCGGCCGAAUGAACCAGGCCGAUUUGCUAAAUUAUUACUACGUUUACCGUCAUUACGUUCAAUAAGUCUAAAGUGUCUUGAAUACUUAUUCUUUCACCGUCUUAUUCAUAAUAUACCAAUUGAUUCAUUUCUUCUCGAAAUUUUGGAAUCUUCUUCGGAUUCUUAGGAUACGGAGGUGUGCCGAGUACUUGGGCACACCGAUAUGUGAAACUAUUUUAAUAUAAUUAUUCUUUAUUUUAUUAAAUUCAUUAUCAAUCAUCUCUUCGUUUUUACUUAUCAAUUCACUUUUAUUAUUGUUUAAUUUUUA